AUAAAAUGAUUAUGGCCGAACAUGUCCUUUUUCUCAUCCAAAAAAUAUUGCUUCUUUAUUCCAAUCUUCCAGACUCGCGCCAUCGCUGCAAACGUAUUCACUGUUUGGCCUUUUCAUUUCAGUGGGCAACAGCCGUGUAAUGUCAUCAAAUGAGAAUUUGAUCUGAAAAUACACAAGGAAUUGGAGGUUAGAGUUUGCUUGUCAAAAGUGUCUAAAAGCUAUUCAUCCGGAGGUGAUACAGGUUUCACUCAAUCAGUUCUUAAAACAGACUCAUGCAAAGACUAGGCAUUCUUGAUUGGCAGCAUAACUUGAGUUUUAGAAGCAUAAAUCUACUAGAUGGUGAACCAGCCCACACAUUGCUUAAUUCUCUUUCCUGUAGAAGUAGCAGUGGAUCAUCUCAUUCAAAGGCAAGGCUUUGUUCAAAACAUAGACAUGCAGAUUUGAAUGUCACACUUCAAAGUCUAGUGCGUCAAUGCUCAGAAAUUCAGAGUGCAGUUCAUGACAACAUUGAAGAACUACUUGAUGAAGAGGACGAUUUAUGUCCUGUUGAAUGUGUAAGAGAAUUUAAGACUGAUGAGGAAUUCUCCAUAAUAUUAGAAAAAGCGAAAAAAGCUGGUUCUUUGGUUGUGGUAGACUUCUAUCGCACCGCCUGUGGCAGCUGCAAGUAUAUAGAGCAGGGUUUUGCAAAAUUGUGCAGGGGAGCUGGUGAUGAACAAGCACCGGUUAUAUUCUUAAAACACAAUGUGAUCGAUGAGUAUGAUGAACAAUCUGAGGUUGCUGAACGUCUGCGAAUCAAGACAGUACCUCUUUUUCACUUUUAUAAGAAUGGAGUCCUAUUGGAAGCUUUUCCCACCAGAGACAAAGAAAGGAUACUUGCAGCUAUUCUUAAAUACUCUGCUCCAGCUUCCGCGGAUACUUGAACUGGUCUGGUUUGCCCUUGCUUCUGUAUAAUCGUUCUUGGUGCUCAGCACAUAUUGAAACAAUUUGUGUUUGCCUUAAAUGUACAUCUGUAUUCUGUAACAUAAUACCUUUGAAGUUGUUGUUCUACUCAUAAUAAGAAAUUAUACUGAAUACUCUUGUAUA